AACAGUGGCCAGUUGCCCUGAUUCAGUCAGGCAUUUGUGUAGGACAUGCCCAUGGGCCUGAAGGGGCUUUGCAGGGCAACCAAAGCAGUUGAACGGCUGCUGGCAAGUUUCACAGAUGCCCCCGAAAGGAAAAGCCGGUUCGGGAAAGGGGGGGAAAGGAGGAGCAGCCUCUGGGAGUGAUGGUGCUGACAAGAAGGCUCAGGGUCCUAAAGGUGGUGGCAAUGCAGUAAAGGUCAGACACAUUCUGUGUGAAAAACAUGGGAAAAUCAUGGAAGCCAUGGAAAAGUUAAAGUCUGGAACUCGAUUCAAUGAAGUGGCUGCAGAAUAUAGUGAAGAUAAAGCCAGGCAAGGGGGCGACUUGGGUUGGAUGACCAGAGGUUCUAUGGUGGGACCAUUUCAAGAAGCAGCAUUCACCUUGCCUAUGUAAGAGCAUGGGGCCAGGAGGUGGUACACCUGGUUAACCACACACAUUACAGUGCACGAGGACCCAGCUUCAAGCCCCUGGUCCCCACCUGCAGGGGGAAAGCUUCACAGGUGGUGAAACAGAGCUUCAGGUGUCUCUCUGUUUCUUUCUCUCCUUUUCCCCUCUCAAUUUCCGUCUCUAUCCAAUAAAUAAAUAAAAAUAU